AUGUUCCGCUCAACUUUACAAAACGUGGACUUGUUUUGGGUAAUUUUGAUGUGGUGUGUCUUUUUACCGGAGGCUGGCUGUAGAUCGGCCGGUGCAGACAGCUGUCAUGAGGUUAAGACUGCCUACAUGAUGCGCCAAAUAGGCCCCGUGGAGCUGGUACCACAGAGACCGGGAACAGGGGCAUCUCUCAGAGUUUGUGCCCACCCUGGUCCCAGCUGCUGUACCAGUAAAAUGGAGGACAGCUACAUGGCAGCUGUCCGCAGCGAAACACAGCAGAAGAUGCGAUCCUACAGUUUUGAACUUAAGUACCUGAUUGCUGGACACCGCAAGGCCUACCAAGAGACAUUUCAGUCGCUUGUCUCCUUCACAGCGAAUCUCACCAGCACUCUGUUUGACAGUUCCUAUUCUGCUCUCGCAUCGGACUGUCGCCCCCUUGUGUUUCAGCUGUUCAGCGAAAUCAAACGCCACCUUUCUGGAGAUCCUAAUUCCUCUCUGGACCAAGCAGUGCGCCAAUUCUACGAUGAUCUUUUCCCAUUGGUCUAUCGUCGCCUGCUCAACCCUGGGAUCGGCCACACGUCAACUCUGCCCCAGUCUUCUUUUUCCACCGGUCAGGAUGACUGUCUACGGAUGACGCAGCAGGAUGUCAGCCCGUUCGGACUCCAUCCUCGCCUCCUCAUCAGCAAUCUGUUUAAAGCUCUCAGGCCAGGUCGAGCACUGAGCCGGCUGCUGAUGCUGGCCGGGGAGGUGGUGAAUGCCACAGAGAAGGCCACGUUAUCCAGAGAAUGUGGGCAGGGGUUAGUGAAAAUGCAGUACUGUUCCCACUGCAGGGGGCUGACACUGAUACGGCCCUGUACUGGACUCUGCGUAAACAUUAUGAGAGGGUGCUUGGUGGGUGUGUCUGAACUGGGUGCCCCCUGGGGAAAUUUGGUAGUAUUGCUCCAACGUUUAGCUGCUACUUUAGCGACCAGCAGCAACCACAACAGUUUAGAGCUAGCUCUGUUAGCUGUCCGAAAUCAUGUGAAUGAUGCCAUAUUACAUACACAACUGCAUGGACCACGCAUCACAGCCACAGUAGAGAAGGUGUGUGGACCACAGGCAUCUGGGCCUUUGAUGACAGACUACUUAUAUACAACAAUUCAUACAACUUCAUUAACAUUAAAGAGGUCCCCUGUGAUUUCCCCUCCUCCUCUUCAUCGACGUUUGCAGUGGCAGCCUCGAAAGUCAUUCCCUCUUAAGGGCUCAAGAAGAGACAAGAGUCGAAGCCUGAAGAAGCUGUCGAGGGAGUUUGAAGGCUCUAUCCAACGGUACCAGUGGUUUUUCACUGAGCUGCCAGAGAUGCUCUGUGAAAGCGAGAUGGAGGUUGAGCAACACACAUGCUGGAGCGGCCAAGAUGUUGUGGAGAGCUAUGAAAGUCGUGUUGUUGGAAGCACUUUAACAGCCCAGAGGGAAAACCCGGAGAUGACGGUCCGAAAUACAGAUACUGUCCUGAAAGGGUUGAAACGGAAGCUGGAGCAGCUGACGCAGGUGAUGAAACAUCCAGUGGUCAAAGUCCUGAAGCAAAGCACAUGGAUUCUCAUUAUCGCCCAGUGCCUCCUCAUCAACACUCUCCUCCACAGCGCACGGCCGGACGCGCACAGGAGGAGGAGAAGGAGGAAAAAGGAGGAGGAGGAGAAGGAGGAGGAGGAAACAAGCGGGGUGUACCUGACACCCACAGCAGCUCUCGUGUGUCGCAGACCGGGCUCUCCCUCACCUCUCCUGUCCGGCUGCGUGAAUGUCCAUUACCCGGAGCUCUGA